CUAUGAUCCCCGUGUGGCGGAGGCUUUUUGGUCCUCCCAGCCACCGUCUCUCCUCUCCCCGCGGGCCAGAGCGGUCCCGGAAGUGGCGGGGACGGAGUCUCGAUGGCGCUGGAUCGGCGGUGGCCGCUGGCGCUCGCCCGCGGCGCCGUCCCGGUGGCGCUGGGGCUGCUGCUGUGGGUGGCGGUGGCGGGCGGCGAGCAGGAGCGGCACCGAACGCUGAAGGCGCAGCCCGGCGGGGACACGGCGAGUUUGGCGCAGCGGCGGCGCCACAAUGAGCUGAUCAUGGCGGCGCUGCGCGAGGCCGCCGAGACCGACGAGAACGUGGCGCAGCGGCGGGUGCCGUGGCGGAAGUGACGUCAGCACCGGGAGACCCUCACCCGCCGCUUCCCGGUGUCCCGCUCUUCCCCCCGGAACCAUCAGCGCCGGCCGCGGGUGCGCACGGAACAAUUUUUGCGCGUGUUGUUCACCCGGACUUUUAUAAACCGCGAACACUU